GGAAAGUGGGAGAGAGGCAUCAGCUCUAAAAAUCGCUUUUCAUGCCCCUGCGGAUGUUUAUAAUACUGAUUAUUGGUAAAUUUUGAAGUGUGUGUUUCUUAGUCCAUUGUCUUCACUUAGGAUACGGACAAAUCGGUGUUCAAUCGAUUCUCGUUAUUCACAAGACCACUCGAAAUAGCUGUGCAUGUGUCCGAUACGUCUGCCAUGUGCCAAAAUUGAGCUGUUUUAAUCGUUUGAUACCAGCCCAGCUGCCUCAUGAAUCGUAAAAAAACCAUCGAUUACACCGUCACUCGAAGGCCCAGAGAGCGCGACUCAUCCAAGUUUCGCCAAGACAGUUCCAGUAGAGAAGCGAGAGGUCGUGAUGAUGGCGAUAGCCGUUGUAAGACUCCAUUUUGGUCGAACAACGACAAAAAUUUGGUUAGUAAACAAAUUCGUAUUGAGUAAAUUACUCUUUUAACUUUUGAAAUAAAUCACUGAGACAUCUUUUUAUGAAGGGAUUUUUAAGUAUUAAAUGAUGAUUGGUAUGUGGUAAAUUUUAGACUGGUCAUAACAUUGUUAUCACAGGAAACGAUUUGUUUUGACUUCACGAACCUCCACAACACAACCUUCUCUGCUGCGUAUUUAGCAGCUUUAUACUCCUAAGUUUUACCCUGACAUCCAUAUCAAUACCUUUUAUACAUCUAUGGCCACUUAAUGGAAGGUGAUCUUAAAUAGAAUCUGUUUCCCCUGAAAUUGUAGCCUUCUUCUAUCGUUGGCUCAGUCAGUGAAGUCUGAACACUACUGCAUGAAGUUGAUUACUCGAAGUCUGAACAUUCUCCCACAUGUAUUCUUCAUGAAAAUGUAGACAUCAUAACUCAACAUUUAUUCCUUCAUGUCAAAAAAUAUCCAAUCUAAUUUUUUCUGAAGUUCACCCCAAGCUUGCUUGGAACCAAAGUCAUGAAAAACAUAUCAACUUUCUCGGAGGGUGUUUAACCUUCUCUACAUCCUUCAGCCUUAAUUUAGCUUGUCAGAUCUCAAGCUAUUCUCCAAAAAUAACUAUAAUACUCUCCUUCCUAGCUAGUUCUGAAAAUUUGAUGUUUCAGCUAAACUGCCACCCUACUAUUUAUAUAAGUAUCCUCUAAAGUGUAAGCAAGACAGAGGUAUUUGGGGAAAUCAUGGGGUAAUUAUUGAUCUGUAAUGCAGUCUCCAUCCAAGCAUAUUUCUUUGGUUUUUUUUUCUGUAUUGAAGGAAACUGAAACAGAGCUUACCUUUAAAAAAACACAACCAAGAAUGUAACAACUUUGCAACCAAAAGCAUUGUGGGAUUGAGUCUUCCACAGUGAAAGAUGUGUACAGCUUUUCCUUCCAGAAAAAUUCUUCUGCAACUGUAGUUUAGUUUAAAUCCCAACAUCUGAUUUUCCAAAUUAAAUAAUAGUGUAUAAAACCCAAUUAUUGUAUGGUCAUAUUUCAAACUUAGAUUGAUUACACUAGUAGGAAAAUGAAAGCUAUUAGAUUUGUGAUGCGCGAAAAUCUUUUGUGUUCUCCUUUUCAAGUGGUAACCAGUAAAAUUUGCUGCCUGUAGCACUUCUUAUUACUACCUGAAAUAAAUUAGAAUUCUUGAAAAUUCAACAGGUACAAGGAUUGCUCUACUGGUUUGAUAAUUUUUUUUACCUGUUGUGCUUAAAAUAGGGGAGAACACUGGACUUUUGUAUAGUUCAGAAACUGAACAAUAGUGAGUUAGUUGGCCAAGGCCUCUUCAAUGUCAGCUAUAUCAAUGAAAUUCACUUUCUUUGUGAUUUUGUUUCUCUGUUUUUAUUUUGUUUGCAUCAAAAAAAGAAAAAGAAAUACCAAGUUUCCCUAAUAAUCCCUCUCAAUAUUUUGAGAAAUUAUAGAAAAAAGCUUGAAGGUAUAUAUCAUCUGGUACUCUGCUAAAUUUGUUGUCAGUUGUCCCAAGUUCAACUCCUUGACUGUACUUUGUAUGUGGCCAACUGGUCUGUCUCCUCCCAGUUGGGGUUUUUAAUCAUUGUGUUUCUUGGCAAAGUUUCAGUUUGUUGAUAUUGGCCCUGAAAAUUCCUGUGGGGAAGUGGCUGACCGAGUAAACAUAAAUUCAUACAAUCACACUUAUAUUCAGUAUAUACAUACAUGCACAAGUCAAGUUAUCAAGUCAACUUACCCUUUUAUGUUUGGGUGUCAAAAUGACAAAGGAAAAUGUAAUGUCUGCUGUACAUAGUGGAAGCUUAAAAUGUUAUAAAUAAAGUGACAGUAGAGACAGAUUUUCCAUGCUUAUUUGAGGGGGGAGGUGCUUGUUUGACACUAUGACCAAGGGGGGUGGAUUGGUUUUGGGGAAAGAAUGCUUAUUGGAGGGUAGGGGCUUAUUAAUGUAAAUACAUUAUGUAAUAUUUCAAAUCUUUGGUUUAAAAAAAGAAUAACUCAAAAUGUUUUUGAAGAUAAUGAAAAAUUCUGAGAAAAUUCUGUCACCUUUAGGUAUCAGACCAAUGACCCUCUUACUUGCCAAUGGGUAAAUAUUUAAAAUGUGGCUCCCCACAAAUAACUAAAUUCAUUUUGAAUUACGUAUGAACAAUACCUCUGUGCAGUUUAGAGCUAAGUAUUGUUCUGACAGCAAUAAGCCAGUACAUGUACAAAGAAAUUGACUCAUCUUUCUCAUGCAUUCUAAGAACGUCAUAUGCAUGAUACAUCAUGGCAUAAAUUUUGAUAUUGCGAAGAAGAAAGGCUGUCAAAGUGUUAAAACAAUGAAUAUGAGCUAUUUCAGAAGAGCGUUUUUUUUUUUUUCGGCAAAACAUGAAAGAAGAUGUGGUUAUAGAUAUAUAUAUAUAUAUAAAUAUAUAUAUUCAGCAAAUCAUGAAAAAGAUGUAUAUAUAUAUAUAUAUAUAUAUAUAUAUAUAUAUAUAUAUAUAUAUAUAUAUAUAUAUAUAUUGAUGCUCAUGGUGUUCAAGGAACCAAAUGUGACAGCCAAGUAAACAAGAAAUCCAGUUCCAGGACUCCAACUACACCUGUAGCAAUGAUUUCAUUGGCUGUCAUCUGUGUAACAUACUUUACAAGGUAAUGUAUUAAAGUUGGUUUUUAAAAUUGUUUUAGUAUGGAUCAGACUGACCUUGUUCAUGUUGGUAGGAUAAUAGUUGGAUGAAAAUAGUUACUAAUUAUUAUAUGGCAAAGUAGUCUUUAACCCUUUAACUCCCACAAGUGAUCAUUAUGAAAAUUCUUCCACUAAUAUCCUUAUGUUAUCAAGCAAACAGCUUAUGAGAAUAUUCAAACUUGUCAGGUAGAGGUUGUUGUCUUGAUCUGACACCAAAUUCUCAUAACUAAUUUUCAUGGAUAUUUGUAGCAGCUGAAGGGGAGAAUUACAUGUACUAAUUAAUCAGAUCUUGGGAGUUAUGGGGUCAAGUAAAUUAGAGCAUUCUGAUUGGUUCUAACAAGGGGGGGGGUUAAAGGCUGGCAUAAAGGCUGGCAAAUUGAAAGUAAACAAGUUUGUUUGGGCCAAUAUUCCCCUCUAUGGCCCUCACACUCAGUUAGUAAGUAGUUAUUAAUUUUUCUGAAGCAUUUCAGCAGGUUAGAAUCUUAAAUCCUGAAACAAUAUUGGCUACUUGUGUGCUCAUAAGUGGCCAUUUGCACCACAGCAAAAAAGAAACUCAGUAGAAAAUAUAUAUAUGAGUUAUUUUCUGGUCUAAAAUGGUUUGUAUGGGAAAAAAUUAAGCCUUUGGGGACAGUUUUCUCCUUAACAAAUCUCCUGCCUGAUAAUCAACAUUUUUAAUGAAUUUAGCGAUCCAAUGAAAUCCUGUUGUCCAGGCACAAGGAAGAUACCAACAUGUGCCUACAUUGGUAGCUCUCCAUGUUGAAAAUAUCAUGUACUCUUUUAGCUAUAGGGCUCAUAUGGCCAGUUUAUGUGGUGCUUAUCUAUUAGCUUUAUUUUUUGAUGUUUGUUCUGAUCUGAGCUUGGAAACCUCUUCCAACAUUGUUUUAUAAUUCUAAUAGUUGUGUACAGGAAGUUUGACAUGCAACCUUUCUUGGUGGUGAUCAAGCAGAACUGUCUUUUUGUGAGUGCUGCAUUAAGUUAGGUUCGAAUAUGAGACAUUGAGAGAGUACUGAUAUGCAAGUUAAUCUCCUUUUCUUGACACUAACUAAACAUAUAUAUUGUAUGUUUCAGUUACUCCAGCAAAAGGUCAGACUUAAUUGUCUGCUCUAAAUCAAUGGCUAUACCAAUGAACCUUUUGGGGUUUUUGGUCAAAAUGUGUUUCUCUCUCACUGAGUUUGCACCAAAGUUUCCAGAGAUACCUCUGGAGUCGCAUCCUAACUGGGCAAUUGGCAGUAUAUUAUCUUUAACUUAAGCAUCUAAUAUCAAGAGGUGUAUCAUGCAAGGUAGAUAUAGUAUUCAAAUACUUUGCCGCAUUCUUUCCUCCUUGUCUUCAAGCUCAUGUUGUUUUUUUAAAUGCAAUUCAUAAUAUAUAUAAAAAUGAAGGGAAAGAUCGGGAAAAAAGAUAAAUUACACUCAAUUGAAAGUAUGUAAAAAAAAAAAAACAAACAACAACAAAACAGCAAUAAUGAGAGGGGAAUGCUUACUGGUUAUAGUAUUACAUAUAGAUUACCUUUCAAGUGAUUUUCAAGGUGAUUUCUUCUGCCUUUCCCUUGAGUGAAAAACAUAGAUUACUUCUCAUGGGUACACUUUGGCAACAUGUACUGUGGCUGUAAGAGUACCUUAAAAGAAGGCCAUCUUCUUCUUCAUAUUCUUGAUGCUUUAUAUUUAGAAUUUUGAUGUUCAGGUGCCCCUUAAGUUACAUCAUUUGUCUUUGUUUAAACAAAACUUUUUGUUGCUUUGUAAAAUUUAUGUUUGGUAUGGAGAUUGCCUUACAAAGGCUUAAAAGGUGAUACCUGCAAUAAAGUUCUGGUUUGAUACUGAACAGAAAAAUAACUUAAAAGAUAUUUCAAAAAGAAUUUCAAUCUUGACCCAAGGUGUGGUUUGCAUAUGCAGCCAGAUCUUGCGAAUUGACCAAAGAAAACAAGAAAAAAGUGAUGAAGCUUGACUGCAUGGUUUCUUCAUUCCACUGAUAUCCUUUACACAUUUAUACAAUUUAAUCUCCAGUUCAGCACAAAACUGAAAUCUAAAAUACUUUUGAAAUCUACUUAUUUUUUCAGGGAAGUCAAGCUAACUUCAGUACUUUGCAGAUGUUAGACAAGUUGAAGGACACAGAAACAGGGAGCCUUUAUGACAGAAAAAGGAAUCCUUUGCUGAGUAACCUACAGAAGGAGAUUUCAAGAGAUGUCCUGUCUCAGCAUGACAGAGACAAAUUUGGAACAUUUGGGAAAGUAAUUGGAAGUGGCUUCUCAAGAGGUCAAAGCAGAGGACCAAUUAUUGAUGUAUUUUCAGAAGAUUCGCACAGUUUAUACAGUGAUUCAAACUCUAAACGAACAGAUUCUAGCAACAGUAAAGACUGGCAACACAGAAGAACAGACAAAAAUGACUCACAAAGGAAAAGAAGCCACAGUCCUGAUGAUGAGUUGUUGUCUUCGAAUUGGAGAAUUCGAGAAGACACAACAACUAAACGCAGUCAUAGUAAAAGCUUAAACCCAAGCAGUCAAUGCAUGGAUGACGAUGUUGAUCUAAGAAGUGUGCUAAAACAGUUCCAAAAGAGUAGAUGGGAGGACAACAGUGAAGAUGUUUUUGAUUCAGGUUUCAGUGCAGAUUACAGAGAUGAUGACCAUCAAGGGAAAAAAGGUCCCUAUGAUGACAGAGUGGAAGGAAGUGACUGUAGAGAACCCAGGGACUCUUUAAGAACCAGGUAGCAGUGUAGUAUAAGGGUUAGAUGAGGAAGAUAUGAUAAUGGGUAAAGGUUUGGAACAGAUCAGAUCAGCUAUUUAACAACAUUGGGGUUUAAGGAACACACAUGUAUAAAUGAAAUUUGGAAUUUUUCUAUGAACAAUAACCAUUAUCUUGAGUAUCAAAACUGCUAGAUGAAAAGUAUCUUCCUGUUUUCUUUUUCUGUUUUCUCAAGUGGCUUGUGUAGCUCACCUCAAAUUAAAUUUUUGCCCUAAAAGUUGUUAUAAUUUUCCUCUUUAAACCAUCUCUCGUACCUUUUUUGUCCCAUAUCUCUUAAUAAAUUUGAUUUUGUUUUCUCUCGGGGCCCCAGUGAUGACAGAGACCACAGGGAAUCAAGAUAUGGCAGGACCAAACAUGGAAGUCUGAAUGAUAGAAAUGCAGUAUGGUUGGACACUUACAAAGAGUCAUCAGCACUUGAGUUAUCAAGUUUGAGCACUGAUGCUUUGAGAGACCUUCCAAUAUCAGAGCUUGCUCGAAAGGUAACUCAGAAGUACAAAACUGGCUUUGAGCUGGGAAGGCCAUUCUUUGGAUUGCAAUCAGAAGGCCAAGAUAAGAAGAGAGGUACAAGUAAUUAUCAUCCCAUUGAACAUUGGGAAACUUUUUUGAUAAGUGGUGAGGUUUUAUGCUGGAUAAAUUAUAGAAGUGAGCAAUACAUGUACUAUUGGGAAAUUUCCAGUGAUACUUGUCCUUAUAUAUAAUUUACUGCUUUUCUGGACCUAUCAUGCUAUUUGCAUGCUAAUUUUUAACAAGUAGUGCCUCUUUUUUGCAGCAAUACAGUCUGUUUAUCUUGAUUUAUUGACCUUUUUCAAAACAAGGAAUUAAGCAUGAAAGUAGCUGAAGAUCAAAUGCAGCAUGCUUAAUAGUAUCUAUUUCAUGUUAUUAGGUUGGGAAAAUCCAAACUUUGAUGUUUCAAAGGCACCUGAAAGGUGGAAACCAUCCUUGGAUGCUCUAAAUGACCAUGGAUCAGAAUCAUAUGGUAGGACUAUGGACAGCCAAAGCAUUACGCAGACACAGAGGAACUACUCAGGAAAGCAUUCCAACAGCAGCAACCUAUCAAAAUCUAAAGCUGGUGAAGAAUAUAUGUCAAAGAACAUUUUUGAGUAUGAAGACCACAAGGCAGACAGCAGUAGACAAAAAGGCAAUUCAAAAAUGGUAGCUCAGUCUUUUAAAAGUAGCACUUCAACAUCACACACAGUUUUCAGCCAAAAGACUUUGAAAGGUUCGGCCUCAUCCAUGCUGAAUUCAAGGCAAAAACCUCUGUUUCCAUCUGGAUUUUUGCCAAGGCAGUUGCAAACACCAGUUGGUAAAAAUGUUAAGAAUGUGGAAGUUGGCAAAGGUAAAGGACUGGAUGACCCAUCUUCAUUUCUACACAAAAGUGGUUACUAUCCAAGGAACACAACAGAAAUAUCAAGGUCACGCAGCAGAAGUUCUGAGGGAGACGAUUUUACCAAAGACCUUGGGAGUAGCAUAAGUGGCUCAAAAAGAGAGGUCAGACCUCCUUCCAAGGGGAAAUUUACAAACCAAAAUUGGUUAAGUUUUGACAGUAAUGUAAAACAAUCCACUGGAAAAGGUACUUCAAAAGGCACUAAGCAGCAGAGUGCAGAACAGGGUAGCAUGCAUUCAAACAGCAACAGUGGUAGAGGAGGCUUUAAACCUAGUGGUAGAGGAAAUUUGCAAACCAAGAAGGGUGGAAGAGGUACUUCAUUCAGUCCUCGAGGCAGAGGAAGGGGUGCAAAGGGUAAUAUAGUUAAUAGUAAUAAAGGAAGAGGCACUAUGAGUUUAAGAGGAAGAGGAUCGGCAGUGCGUGGAAGAGGCAGAGGAGUCAGUCAGCUGCCGGUAGGUGCUACGGUCAGAAACAUAUUCCGAAGAAGUAGAUCUGUCUCCCCUGUGGGAAGCAAAUUUCGAAGAUCUUCCAGGUCUCCAAACAGUCCAAAACAAGACAAAAAAAGGAGGAAUGAAAGAAGUAAAGAAAAAAGAAGUAGAAGCCGAAGCAGCAGUUUUUGCAGCACCUCUAGCAGUCACAGUUGCAGUACAAGUUCCAGUUGGUGCAGUGUUAGUCUUGACAGUCUGUCAGGGAAAGGUGACGGAGACAGGAAAAGACGUCAUAAACAUAAGAUGCACAGUUAUGAGAAGAAAGAAAAGAGUACAGUUAAAUCAGUGGAGAAGUUAAAAAAUGAUAUAAAAACUAUGGAAAAGCAGCUUGAACAAAAAUAUUCCAGGUCUUUUGGUGAGAAGAAAACAGAAGGUCCUGAUUGUAAAUUUGAUGUAAAGACUGUAAAGGGAAAGCCAAAAGUAAACAUCAAAGAUGAGGACAAAUGGUUUGAGCAAAAAACAAUCAAAACUGCUCUUGAAAAGGGAAAGGAAGACUCUAAGGGUACAUUUGACUUUAAAACUCUGAGGGAAGGGUCACAGUUAAACAAUAAAGAGGAGAAGAAAGAUAUAAAAACUAGAGAGAGACACAGUGGGAAGAAUGUGCCUGUUGUUAAAGAAGAAAAGGGGAUCAAAGAACAACAAGGUAAAGAUUUCAAAGAUGUCAAGAGGGAAGGAAAGAAAAAGACAGACAAUGUGAGAGAGGUAAUUUUCAAACGAGACAAGGAGAAAGAGUCACCAAAAUUACAAAUAAAAAUGGAGAGUCUCCAGUUCGUGAGGUGAAGAUUGUAAAUGAAGUGAAGAACAGAAAGGAUAAAGUUCCUGAUGAGAAAUUAGGUUCAAAGAUAGAGCUCAAUACUCUUAAGAUAACAAUUGAUCAAGUUAAAAAGAGGCCUGAUUCCAAGAAAGACAUAGGUGAGGAAAAACUUUUGGAUGAAGGAAAAAGGUCCUCCAAGUCACCACCUGGAAAACAGAAGAAAAAAGAAAAAGAGAAAGUAAAGGCAAAGAAGGCAAAGAAGAAAGCCAAGAAAAGAAAGCACAACAGGGAUAGUGAAGAAUCAGGUGAUGAAUCAGUAUGUAGUGGUACUUCUGGCCAAGAUGAUUCUUCUUCUUGCAUAUCACAGAAAGGUCACUCUGAUGAACGGAUUGUAGAGGUUUCCUCAUCAGUAGGUUUUGAUACCAAUGCAAUUGCAGUGCACUAUGCUAAAAGAGAAAAAGCAAAGUAUGGUAAAGGAAAAGUCAGGACCAAUCUAAUUUCUGUUCCUGUGUCAGAAGGAGCAGAUAUUGCACAAGAGAGGAAGAUCCUUCCAAAAGAAGGAUCACAAUGGCUAAAUGAGCAACAGCAUGGUUAUACAUUGACUAAUGAAGGACAACAUAGCAUCAGUAGUGAUGUCCCUUGUACUGAAAUUUUGUUUCCUAAUGAAGGUACAUUUUAUGAAGGAUACACUGAAAGUGCUGUUGGUGAUCAAGACUAUACCACUAUGUAUCAGGAAAGUGAGAAUCCCAGCCAGGUAUGGCCAUCAGAGCAUGCAGAGGGUGAUGACCCUAACAACUACUAUUAUGAAGAAGGAGCAGAGGGUGAAGGUUAUGAGCAAGAGUACUAUUCCUACGUUGAAGAGGGCGACUGUCAGACUGGUGAUCUAGGAGACAAUCAGGAGUGGUUUGAAGGUGAAUAUCCACAGGAAGGUACAGAAGGGGAAGUUUAUGGUGGAUAUGAAGGGGAAUAUUACCUUGGGGAGGAUGGACUCUAUUACCCUGUUGAAGGUGAGGAGUACCAGGAGUACCAGGAAUACCAGGGAGAGUAUGCAGAGGGUGGAACAGUUGGGCAUGGUUUUGAUCCAGAGCAGGGUGGUACCUACACUGAAGGUGACUACCAGUAUGCUGAAGAAAGUGGUGUGUGGCAGCAUUAUGAGGAAGGGGCAGUUUACCAUGAUGAGGAAGCUUGGAAUCAGGGUGAAAUAGAGGGACAUUGGCAAGAGGAGUACCAGGAAGGUUAUCAUGGAACUGAGUGUGAAUGGGGCACCGAGUACUCUCAAGAAUUUGAUGCUGGUGCACAAGGGUAUAUUGUUGAGGGGGCUGAGGUUUUGCCUGAAGAGGGCUGUAGUACAGGUGAAGGAUAUGAUCACCAGUUGGCAACAGAGCAACAGUACAUGGAGGAAGGUCCUGUCCAUAAGGAAGGCUACCAUGUUGAAGAUGGCUUGGAAUCUCAGCAACAAGGGAAGCUAGUAACAUCUGCACAUCAUGAAGAGCCUCCAACAUUAAAAGAAGACAUGGCUACUGCUCCAGCUGUGAAGGAUGUUCAACAAAGCAAACCACUUAAGUCUAUCCUCAAAAAGAGCAAGCAACUUACAAACGAUGGAAAAGGGACAAAACUAGUCAGUGAACGCCUUUCUCAAAUGAAAAGACAGUCAGCACACACAACAGUUGUACUUCAAAAAAGUAGUGCAUCUUCUUCAUCUGUCCAAUCUACCCAAUCAGUUGAUAAACAAGAGGAGAGUCCAGACCAAAUAGCUACAGCAAGUGCUCAGUCUGAGGCACAACGCUAUCGUGAAAUGGAAGAGGCCAUUUUGUCUUCACAACCUAAAGAUGCAGUUGGUACAGAAUAUGUGAUACGAGUCCAUGGAAGUGGGACAGCAAAUUUCUACUGUAAACUUUGCCAGUGUCACUUUAAUACACUGACAGCUAAAAACUUACAUAUAAAAGGAAUGAAACAUAUAGAGCUCUAUAUCCGCUUAAAGUCUUCACUAUUACAAUCUGUCAUAAAGGACACCAAGGUGAAAGCUGCUAAAAGACCUCCAGAUGAUGAUCCAUCAACAACACAAAAAAUUCCACGGCGAUUUUAACAUGGUAUAGUAAGCACUUUUUAAUUUUUUCUCCUCUGUUAUUCUUGCUCCUUUUUUGAGUUAAUUUGUUGUUUGGGGCAAGUUUUUGUAAUUUUAUAACUUUGGAUAAAUUACCAGGUUCUUUUACACAAAAUUGACUUAUCUAACUACAGAAAAAUAGUGGUUUCCACAUAAAUUAUGCUUAAUUUUUGGUUGCUUUGGUCCAAAGCAUUGAUUAGUUUGGUUGAGUAAAGUUGGAUUCCUUUUUUGUCUCCCACAGUGUGAAUGACUAAUUUUGUUAAAAUGGGACUGUACUGAGGCUCUAGUGUUUUGCAUUGUUUAAAACCAAUCACCAUGCUUACAUCUGUUUUUGUUUAUGUGUUGUAGACUUUUUGUAAUACAGAUGGCAACAAGACACUACAUGAGGCCAGAGAUGCAACUGGAAAAUAUUUUCAUUUGUGUUUCUUGCCAGGAAAGAAAAACAGACAUUACUAAUGGUGCAUAUUUAACUACAUCUAGUGUGAGUCGUGAAAAAUGGAUAUGAAUUCUUAAGAAAAUUAUAGAGACUUGUAGAUUGUAGUGUUAGCUGGUGUUCCUAAAUUAAAUAUAACUUUUGUAAGGAAAUGGAGAUUGAUGCUUGUCAGAUGAAUAUUGUUUUCUCAGGCCCUUUUCUAUUCAUAUUUUUACAUAAAUGUAUUUAUUUUAAAAAACACUUUGAAGCAUUUCAGGAAAGGAGGUUAUCCCCCUUGGUUUUCACCACUAACAGGUUGAUAAAAAGUGUCUCUUUUCACUUUUUUAUAAUAUGGAAAACUUAAUAUAUUUCAAUCUAUCAAAGAGUCUCAUAUAUGGAAGAAAAUGUCCAAGUGGAAUUUAAAGCCACAGGCAGGGAUUAUUUAUUCUUAAGACUUACCAUCAGUGUUUAACUUGUUAUUAAUUAAGGUCAUCCAGAGCUUUCAACAUAAUGGUUGUUUAUUUGCGGUCAUUGAAAAAGAGAUAGACCUAUUGUAGAUUUGUUGGUCAUUCUUAGAAAAUAAUCAUCCCACAUUGAUUCAGCAUCAAGAAUUGUGUGAAGUAGGUUUCAAAUGAUUUUCUCUAUGAGAAUAUUUGUACUGUCAAGAACACCUCAUUCUGUAGAAAGGCAUGUGAGGUACUAGCACUUGAUUAUUUCCAGUGAUAAUAGUUUUGUUUGUCUGAAGAUUCCCAGUAUUUGGUGAAUAAAAAGGUGAUUUAAAAGGUUAAAUUUUUGGAUAAGCUGGCUGACAUCUUGGAGUGCAAAAAAAAACUUAAUUAGAUUGCUGGACAUAAAUUGGCCUUCUGUUGUUUUUAUAGGAGUGUGGUUGUAUUCAGUAGACAAGAUCACAACCAACAAAUGUACUCUGAAUUUCUCCAUUCUGGGUAAUUAUUCUCUCAAGUGUUGUGUAAUCUGAAAAGUGUAAUUUUAAACUGGGGUUGCUUUGCACCAAACCGACUACAAGGUUUUGACUCAUUAUUGUACUUAUCAGACUGUUUUUGGGGAUGGAGGAAAAUUCUGGGUGUGUAUCCAACCUGCCUAUUAUAAAUAGUAACCCAUAUGUACUGCUUUUACACCUGUCCUUAACACUCUCAACCAAAGGUAGUUUUGUCUAGCACUUUUUCUUAGAAGUAUCCUGGAAAGCUUAAGUUAAACAUUUUAUACGACAAACAAAGAUAAAAUUAAGUUCACCUCUUCUUUGUUGCCUAGUCAUUACUAUGAUUACAGUAUGGCUCUAAAACUUAGUAUACUUGUUGAAUAGUCAUGAAUAACAGAUUUUAUGUUUUGCCUCC